AAAGCUGAUAAACUUAAUUCCCUCGUGUACUCAACUCCUUAUUCAACUAAGUUAUCGCCGUUUUUGGCACUGUGUGGGGCCUCCAAAUCCCUCUAUAUAUUAACAAUGUACUCAUACUCUUCAUCAGCACCAACUACCUACCCCUUUGAUCUUGUGUCCCACCCUGCAUCUCAGCAGAGCCACUCUGGGUCACUACAAUGCCAUUGUUAACUUCCUCUUUGUUUCACAUGGUUCCUCUCUUCUCUCUUCUUUUACUCUCACUCAUGAUUCGUUAUGGUACUUCUCAGGGUCCACCUUCACCUGGCUACUACCCUAGUUCCAAAACUAAUCCUGUUAGCUUUGAUGAGGGAUUUAGAAACCUUUGGGGACCUCAGCAUCAGAAACUAGACCAAGACUCGUUAACAAUCUGGCUUGACUCCUACUCAGGGAGUGGAUUCAAGUCACUUCACUCUUAUCGGUCUGGAUACUUUGGUGCUGCGAUUAAGCUUCAACCUGGCUACACUGCAGGAGUCAUAACAUCUUUAUACCUUUCAAACAACCAAGACUACCCAGGACACCAUGAUGAAAUAGACAUUGAGUUCCUUGGUACCACGCCAGAUAAGCCAUAUGUCUUGCAGACAAAUGUAUACAUCAGAGGAAGUGGAGAUGGGAACAUUAUAGGGAGAGAGAUGAGGUUUCACCUUUGGUUCGACCCAACACAAGAUUUUCACAACUAUGCUAUUCUGUGGGAACCCAGUGAGAUCAUAUUUUUAGUGGAUGAUGUCCCAAUAAGGAGGUAUCCUAGGAAGAGUGAUGCCACGUUCCCCACAAGAGAAAUGUAUGUGUACGGAUCAAUAUGGGAUGCAUCUUCAUGGGCUACAGAGGGAGGAAAAUACAAAGCUGAUUAUAAUUACCAACCCUUCUUUGGUAGAUACAAAAACUUCAAAAUACUAGGUUGUACCACUGAAGCCUCAACCUCAUGCCAGCCACCAUCUCCUUCACCAUCAGGCUAUGACAGCCUUAGUCCUCAGCAAUUUGCUGCAAUGCAAUGGGUCCAAAACAACUACUUGGUCUAUGACUAUUGCCAUGAUCCUGGGAGAGACCAUACACUUACUCCAGAAUGCUAAGGUUUUAAGCUAUAUUUGGAUUAAAAUUGGGAAAGUAUGUAUUUUUAUAAAUUCUAAUACACAAUUGCAAAAUACAGAAUGAAAAAGGAAUAAUUAAUUUGUAGCUUUGAAAACAAAGUUACUUUUGAACUUUCCCAAUUGAAAUCUAUACAUCCACUUAAUUGGUUUGGUUCAAGUUGGUAUAUUUCAAAAGUUAUUUUUUUUUAUUUUUCACAUAUUACCAAAGCAGUUUGUUAAGGGGGUGGAUUUUGUGAUGGUUCCACUUGCUAAUGCUAAGUGUAAUUGCAACAACAGUGAGCGUCCAAGUUCCCCUCAAAAAAGAUUGGGAUGUUUUCGUUGUUUAUGUAAUUGUGUUGUUUGUUUGUACCCCACAAAAGAUUGGGAUGUUUUUGUAAUUGUGAAGCACUAUUACUUUAGUCCUUUUCCUGUUGAAAUAAAUCUAGUUGGAUUUUGGAUGCUUUCCUAA